AUGUCCAGCUAUGUCCCUCGCAUUCCUCUGUCCCACCUACACCCACCACCCCCAGAAAACCAAUCCAAACCAACAAUCCUCCUCCUUCACGGCUUCCCCUCAACAUCCUACGACUGGCGUCAUCAAAUCCCCUACCUCUCAUCACUCGGCUACGGCAUCAUCGCCCCAGACCUCCUCGGCUACGGGGCCACCAGUAAACCAUGCGACAUCACCGCGUACAAAACUAAGUCCAUGGCCGCGGAGAUAAUCUCCAUCCUGGACGCUGAGGGGGUCGACAAAGUCCAUGCCGUGGGACACGACACGGGGUGCACGCUUCUGUCUCGAUUGGCGGACUACUUCCCAGAGAGGUUGCUGUCAUGUGUCUUUUUGGACGUGCCGUAUAUGAGUCCCGCAGUGAAGUUUGAUUUGGAUACUGUGAAUAACGUUACGAGGAAUAUCUUGGGGUUUGAGAGGUUUGGGUAUGUGGGCUUUUUUGCUAGGGAGGGGAGUGGGGAAUUGUUGGAUCGGUUUGCAGAUUCCUUCUUCACCCUCUUCUACCCCCACAAUCCCUCACUAUGGACCUCACACCUUUGCCCAACCGGGGCAAUAGAAGAAUGGCUUCUAUCCGACCAUCGAGCCCCAUUAGCUCCUUACAUCACUGAAGAAGAAUUUAAAACCCACCAAAAACUCCUAGUCGGUCACCACGCCUCAGCACUGAAUUGGUACCGGGCUCUGGUCUCGAAUAUCAACGUGGAAGACGAAGAACAGGCCCGUAUUACCCCUUCACUGUCUAUGCCGGUUCUCUUGGUUUGUCCGAGAAAGUCAAGCUUGGAGAUGCCUGGUCUUGAAGAGGGGAUGAGGGCUGUCUGCGCUGGCGAUUUGGUGGUAAGGAGGGUGUCGACGACGGGGCAUUGGGUUCAGUUGGAGGCGAGGGAGGAGGUUAAUCGGAUGCUUGGGGAGUUUUUUGAGGGUAUGAGGACCUAG